AUGAUAAUUGCCUUUACUAACUUACGUAAUUUCUUAUAUCGAACUGUUACUAAGUCAAUGCCUGGAGUUCAAAAGUUACAAAAGAAAAAGAAUAAGUUUUUAGACUUAUUUUUUUAUGUAAUGACUCAUUUAGCUGGAGUAGGUGUAUACAUUGCGUUUGUACCAACUGCAUGGUGGUUACAUCCAUCAGAAGAUUCAAUUUAUAUAAGUAAUGCAUUAAUAUUAUUAAUUGCUAUUACUACAUAUAUUGGAAACUUUAUGAAAAAUCUAUUUGCUUGUCCAAGACCUUCAGGAGUAUGGCAGCCAUUAAAAGAAUUAGAUUUUGGUUUACCAUCAACUCAUACAAUGAAUGCAGUAGCAAAUGGGAUCUUUUUAAUAAUGUAUCUUAAACCAGUAUGGUGGGUAUGUAUUUUAAUAACUAUUUAUGUGAUUAUAGUAGCUCUAAGUAGAAUUUAUAUGGGGGUUCAUUCACCAGCAGAUGUGAUUGUUGGAGCAUUAUUAGGAUUUGUUUCAAUUGGAUUUUAUAUUGUAUUUCCAGAUAUUCCUCGAGAAUGGUAUUUUAUUCCAUUCUUUUUCUUUACACAAGUUAUUUUACUUUCAUUACAUUCAUUAUGUUUUUCUCAAUAUACUCCAUGUUAUUGGAGAUCAGUUGUAGGUUUUGGAUUUGUUUUUAUGAAUUAUGUUAUGGAAGUAUUUGAAAGACAUAAAGUAGUUAAAAACAUGCCACCAUAUUCAUGUACAAUUCAUUACCCAUUCUUAUUAUUAAAAGCAUUUUGUAUUGGUUUUGUAAUAUCAGGUACUGGAUAUUUUAUACAUCUUGGAUUAUAUAGUCUUUUUAUUAAAUGUCAUAAAUUAUUAGAUUGGUAUAGUUCUAAUGCUAAUAAAAUACGUUUUCAUUGUCAUCAUGACCCAUUAGAAUUUACUCCAGAAAUGAAUCAUCAAAGAAUGAUUUAUGCCGUAGAGUUUUUCUCAUAUUAUAUUGGAGGAUUUAUUCUAGCAGCACUUUGUAAAGUGGUAUCACCAAUAGUAAUCCAGUAUUAUCUUCCUGAUUUUGAUGAAGAUGAAAGUAUUCCAAAAAAAUCAGUAAAACAACAUGUUGAAAUCAAAAAUGUAGGAUUUCAUAUUGAUCCAAAUGAAAAAGUUAACAUAGAUACAAUUUCUCAUCGUUUUGCUACUCUUUCUUUAAAUCCUAAAGAUAAAAAUGAUUAA